CAUGAUGAAACCCAUUUAUUAUACGCCUCAUCAUCCUUUAUAGGACCCAUUGUUGCUACACUCUCUAUCCCUUCCUUUGUAUUUUCCAUUGCAAACAAUGAAUUCUUCUUUCUUCUUCACCCUCUCUCUAUCUAUACUAUUACUACUCCUUCCAUAUGAUGCAGAAGCAUUAGAUUCCAUUUCCCCACCUGCAAAAUGUGGUCCAAAGGGUUUCAAUAUCAUGCCUCCUUUCAGCCUAAAAAACCAGCACCCCCAACACUAUGGUGACUCAAGUUUUGAGCUUUUUUGCAGAAACAAGUCCACCAUCAUUCACUUCCCUUUUUAUGGCGAUUUGGUCGUCAAAUCCAUUUCUUACGAUGCGAGGAAACUCGAUCUUCUCGACCCCAGAAACUGUGUGCAUGAGGUUUUCUUGAACCUCGAUCUUUCCCUCACUCCAUUCCAUUACUUUUAUGUUGUUAAGAAGUAUACCUACUUGAACUGUUCAGCUCCCAUUGGGAGUUCAAUCCCAGAAAUCCCUUGCUUGAGUGGCUCUGAGCAUCAUGUUUAUACUGUGAAAUCAUCAUAUGUUGAGGUUCCAGAUUCCUGCAGGACCAUCAAAACUGUUGCCAUUCCAUUUGCUUACUCUUCUUAUCUUUCCGAUAGUAGCUUUGGUCUGGGGCUCACUUGGGGGUUGCCUGGACCUCACGACUUUGGAUUCCAAUUUAAAAGAACCCGGUUCCACUUGGCACUAAAUUCAGUCCCACUGAUAGCGGGGUUGAUUCUUUUAGCUGCUGCUGCUACAAUGUUGAAGAAAAUGAAGAUCCUUUCAAGUAAAGACAAGGAAAAUCAAUUUACAGAGAAAUUACUACCACCACACGGUAUUCUCCAACCAUGACACUAAUGAUUACUGCUGACCAGGAUGGACCAAGGCGCCGGCGGGUAGGGAUGAUCACUCCUUAAAAAUUUAAAAUUAUUAUAUAUUUUAGAUUUUUUAAGUACUUUUUUAUUGAAAAUAUAUAUUUUCAUCCUCUUAAAAUUUUAUAAGUUCAGGUUUAUCUCUAAAAUUUUAUAAGUUUAAGAUUGCUCCAUAAAGUAAAAUCUUAUGUCCGUCCCAACUGUAACACCCCAAUUUAUGGGCUAAAAUUAAGAAAUUAUAAA